AUGUUUUGGUUAGUAAAAAGCUUAUUACUAUAUCAUUUUGUUUUUUUAGUGUUUAAAAUAUUUUUGUUACUGAGUGAUGCAUCACAGGCUGGAGCAUCAACAUCUAAAGGAUGCAUACAAAUGGAAACCAACUCUAGGAAAGAUAAGAAAGAGAUUCCAGUAUCAUCGGAUGAUCUUGGUAAGUCCUUGAGUACUACUGAUAAGAACAACCAUAUUGCACUGAUUGCUGAGACUGCAAUAACUCCAAAUGGCAAAGAGAAACAGAACACUGUCCUUACAGAGAGAAUCCCUGGUGAGAAACCGAAGAACAAAGGUAAAGAAAAGCAAGAAAGUUUCUCUACCCCGAGGACGGUCUCUGGUCAGAAAGGGAAAGGAAAAGCUUCUUCUUCUCCUCCGGUUUUGAAACCCCGAAUGCAUGUGGAUAUGAGUUCAUCACAAGCUGCCAUGUCUGUGGAAGCAGUGAAGAACAAAGUUUGGCUUUCACUAAUCGCUGCCCGGAAUCAGAACACUUAUAAUAGGCCUGUACUGCCACAAAUCUGCAGUCAAUACAUACGAACGUAAGUGAUCACUGGAUCUUUGCUCUGAAGACAUAACAGCUUGUUUGAGAAUGUGUGAUAGUGAUGAUUUUAUUUGUGUAUCUUCACAGUGAUGGAAACUUACCGGUCUCAUAUCUCAAGAAGUAUGUAGCGAAGAAGCUCGGUCUGCAAAGCGAGAACGAAGUAAUGACUCUCUCUCUCUCUCUCUCUCUCUCUCUC